AUGACAGCGUUGAAAACCGACGAGAGAGCCAGCCAGUAUAAUAUACGGCUCUUGUUAGCCGAACGUGAGCCCAAUACUACUUCUGCAAGCCUCGCAGAGACUCUCUUCUUGUUUCCGGCAUUGACCUACCUGGAUCUUUCGUACACCACUCCAGCACGAGACCGGAAUGUACUGUCUACACUAGCUCAAAUGCCGUUCCUCCGGGUACUUAAAUUGCGUGGCAUUGGGCUGAAGGAUAAUGAUGCUGAAUUUCUUGCAAAUGCGAUUGGACGGCGAGUCCGUUGUCUGGAUUUGAGAGACAACAGGCUUACUGACAUAGCAAUCCACUCUCUGUUGCAGGCAUCAUUUCUCCCGCCAAACGGGACGGAAAUACAACGAAAUCCCAGGCAGGCUACUGCUUCGCCAGACCCCUUCUCCCACUUUGCAAUUAAUGAGUCUGACUCGGACUUUUUCAAGCGGCCAGACUUAGAUGAGCAGUUUGUGAAGCUUCUUGCUCAACCUGUUUUAUACCAUCCAUGGGUUGAAGACUUACCGCAUACGGGAAUCACCCAUCUUUAUAUUGCUGGUAAUCAAAUAUCCGUGGAGGCUGUGGCGAGUCUUUUGCUCUCAACCCGACUACAUGCUUUAGAUUUCGGGAACAUAAAAACUCCAGAUAAGGCACACCAGACUCAUCAUUAUGGGAAGGAGAAAUAUCUUGGAGCUGAGAAUCUAGUCCCGAUGUUGGGUAAGGUUGCAGGCGACAAUUUGAUAUAUUUUCGAGGGCAUCAUGCUGUUCUCACUGGCCAACCACCCGCUAAAGACUCUGUAUCCAAUACUGAGCUUCUUCCAGAGCUUUCAGGACAAGAGACCCCGCGCGAAGUCGAGCAAUUUGAGCUGGAUGGUUCCCGGCAGGUUUAUGAGUUGCCCGAAGACGUAAGGCCUGUCUUUGAACUCGCGGAUACAUCAACAACCGACCCAAUUAGCCCCUCUUCGGCCACGAAACAGCUCAAAACUUCCCAGCCAUUGACAGCCUGCGAGGAUGAACAUGCACCGGCAGUCAGGCGUGGGCCAGCUUUUGCCCCGGAGGUUGUACAGCCCAUCCCUGUACACAGUAGCGCCAAUGGAGGUAUGAUCUUCGGUGCUUCUAAGACAAACACCUGGGGUACAGAUCAGACUGAUUCAAACACAUUGCCGUCCAUUGCAAUGUCUUCAGACUACGACACGCUUACGACAGACUUCUCUCUUCAGGCAACCUUGCAAUGCAGCUCCCCAAUCUCAUCGAGCGAUCCUCUCGCACAAAUAGUACAGGAAUUAUUAGCAAAGCGACCACACAAUCAAUCACUCCCACUCCGAGGAGGGAAAGACAGCUGGUUUCCUUACCUACACCCAUCACAUAUUCCUCACAUGGAAACUUUGGUACUGACAGAUGUACCCUCGCAUGUGACGCCCAACUCCUCCAUACUCUCUGCGCUCACUCGGUUCAUAACUGCAUGCUCAAACGAAGCAUUGCUAGCAACUCUGCAAGCAGGAUCGGACUACUCGCUCCCACCAGGGCAAGCGCGCAUGCAAGCCGAGCAGCAGCGGUCAAGGUCUCUCUUUGGCUUGCGUCGUCUAGUACUCGAAAUCACACCUGUCGAUACCUCUAAACUUACAUCAUGGAAAACCGGGAAUCAAUACAAUUCCACAGGGUAUUCAAGCACGGGUGACCGCGACUCGGAGAAUCUUUGGUCUGCAGCUGCAAAUGAUUUCAGCUUCUUUGGCGAAGAAGAGUGUGGCGUCCCUGAAAAUGAUCCUGGUAAAUACUUUCCAAUGGCUGCGCUUAACGAAAAGGUCUCGCUUAUACCGGAGGAUGACUCGUUGCAUUCAUCUGAUUCUCCUCAAUUUGGGCGUCACCUUCCACAAAGCGCCAAGACCCGGGGUCCGCCAGUGACUGCUAAAGAUAGGAAGCAGCAGUGCCAAGUCCCAAUGAUUGACCUUGUGGCAGAGCUUGCGGCCUUUCGUCGCGCCAAGAAGGCCGAGUAUGAACAAGUGGUUCGUCGUGAAAAGGGACGGCGAAGCACAACUGGCACGGGUACUUCCGGCCUACUUAUGCCAUCAUCGCCCCAUAUUUUUCUAUCACGUUACGUCGAAGGUCAUUGGAAGGGAGAGGUGAAGAUCGUGCGGAACCCGACGCCAAAAGUGCGGACCGGAACGGUAGACAUGUAUGGAAACUAUUUCGAGAAGGGGUACCUGUACCCAUGA